UAUGGUCAUAGUGACACGAAACUCAUCUCUGAUUUGUUAUUGUUUUCAGUUAAUAUCUGUUUUGUAUAUAAUUGUGUAGUCACUCGUUAGUGUUAGUAUGCCAGAUGAUUCUGUAUUUUUGCAAGAAAAACUAUGAUAUGCAAUACCUUGUUUAGAUUAUUACGUCUUAGCAGAACAGCUGACUUUCAGUGUCUUCAUAGUGAAAGGCUUUUAGGGUCUUUCGUUUCCAAGAAGGGCGAUGCGACAAGAUCAGUCGGGAACAUAAGAUGUCAUGUUAGUUUUAAUAUUGAUACAGAUGAGGAAUUUAACAGUGAUUACAUUUCUGUUGUCGAUAAGAAUUAUGAAUCACGCAAAAUUUUCUGUGUUAAUAAACUGAAAGACAUAUUUGAAAUAUCCACGGAUGAGGCAGAAAAUAUUUACGAAUCCCAUCCAUAUUUACAUAAACUAAGCCCUGCAACAAUACAGAAUAAUGCAGAAAAAGCGCAGGCGCAAGGAUUACAGAAAUCUGUUUUGCAAAACAACCCUUGGCUAUUGACAUUUGAGGAAGGAAAACUAAAGUACAGCAUACAAAUUGUGAAGAGAUAUCAUGAAGACAUAAAUAAAGUUGUGCCACUCUUGAAAAUACCUUUCCACAAGCUAAGAAUAAUAAAAGAAUAUGCUCAGAAGGAUGACUUGCAUUUAUCUGAAGGAAGCCGCAUCAAAUAUCUGAGUGAAAAACUUCAGUGCCCACCGUCUGUUAUUAGUGAGGCCUUAGUGAAACAUGAUGUUUUACUGUCCAUGCCAUUUGUCAAACUCCAAACUGUAAUGGACCUCAUGCUUGAUGCAGGGAUCCAGCCUGAAGAUAUUUUGAAAGAUCUGUGGAUUUUUCGACACAGUAUAACUGCAAUAAAAAAUCGACUGAGCCAAGCAAAAACAGCAGAAGUUCCAAAAAUCAAACCAUGGAUGGCACGUUGUGUUCCCCAGACAUUUCAAGUGACACUGAGGCGUCAUGUACAGCAUCGCAUCCUCCUAGCACCUCACUCUACAGUUAUUGACUACCUUAGUGAGCGCCUGGAGUGUACUCCUGAACAUGCUUCUUACAUAAUGAAGAGAGCUCCAGCAUUGCAGCGAACACAUAUUUCAAAAUUGAAGAAAAUGAUAGAUUUCCUUUAUGAGGAAGGAUUCUCCGCAGAACAGAUACGUCAGAUUCCACGAGUUUUGUGUCAUAGUCCUGAGACUGUAAAAAUUCGCUUGAAGGAAUUAAGAAUGUUGGGAUAUAAUCCAUCAUCUCUUACUGUUCUUUGCAAAAGUAAACGAAUAUAUAAUAGUUUUGUAAAUAAAUUGUUGCAGAAGUGCUGACAUAAUUUAUAUUUGUAUAAUGAUAUUGCAUAUCAGUUGUGAGAUUUUUUUAAAUGAAAUAUACAAAUUUUCCUGAAAUUUUUUUUCCCCACCUAAAACAUUGGGAUUUUGCUAGUUCAGGAUCUGAUAAGGCCAUGGCUCUCUAUAUAAAUAACUAGUUAGAAUUCCUAUUUCUUAAUUCUUUGUUUGCAGUUGUAGAAAUCAUGACAUAACAUGAAGUUAAGACAUUGGUUUUAUCUGUCAGUACAUCUGUGAUCCUUGUGAUGUGUUUAUCUACUGGCAUGAAAGGUGACACUCUUUUCCAAGAAGCACAAAUUAUCAGUGUUUGCUUAGUAGAUGGAUACCAGACAACAUCCACAGAUCUUCUAGGACUAUGCAUAGCUACUGCACUGUGCUCAUGGGAACACUUAGUAUAUUUAAAAGACUAGUGGGAAUAAAGUAAAGUUACCAAUAGAGACAAGAGGGUGUGAAAGAGAAUUACUAAUUCCAGAAACAAGAACACUAUCACAAAAGAGAUCUUUUGUGCUGCAUAUUAUUGCUGAUUUUGGUGACCAAACAACGAGAACCAACUUUGCACACUUCUACACAUUUAUGUUCAGGAGAAUAAUACUGUUCGGCAGUCCUACACACAAGCAAGGUGGCACACUAAACUUCCAUUCAGGAGAAGCAAACCUCAUAUCCUCACUUAAGCAUCUAGAUUUAGGUUUCCUGUCAUUUGUCUAACAUUCUUAACAGGCUGACUGCCAUAGCCUAAAUGAGUAAACUGCUCCCAGAAGCCAUAUGAAGCAGUACAUACAGUUUGAUUCAUUAUUUCAUCUGUAGUCCAUCUGUAUCAUCAAAACUUUAAAAAAAUGUUGCUUGGCAGGAAAAUGGAUGGCAGGAAAAUGGAGUCUGCAAAUUAGCUUACAGUUGGUGAGCAGAGAAUGAAGUUCAGCUCAUAUGCCAACUACAAGAUAACUCAUCAACAAUCAUCUUGCAUAUUUCAAAGCAUGUUCAAUAAUAUGAUUCACAUCUUUGUUGUAACUGCAUUAGUAGUUGUUCAGACAUGAUAAUGAUAUGUAUCAUUAUUGGUGUUCAAUUUUCCUUGUAAAAUCGCUAGUGAUAAGAGGAAAUAGUGAGGUAGAACUUGAACAGCCAUUUUCUGUUGGGAUGGGAUGAAUUUCCUUGAAUGGUGCAAGUCUCUAUGAACCAUCUUCACAUGAGCAUUCAAGUGAGGGUUUGGAUGCAGACAACAGUGAAUUCAAUGAAGAAGAUGAGCAGGUUGGUCCAGCAGCAGGCACUACAAAUAACAGUGAUGAGUGGAGUGAUAUUCCUCAAGACUCAUCAGUAUUUGUGUUCAGUGAGAAAGUGGUAUUGAAAUUAGACCUACAAAAUUUUGACAUCAAUGCACUUGUUGACCUUUUUUUCUGAAGAGUUUCUAAUGCCAUUAUGUGAACAAAUUAACCUAUAUGCAAGCCACGAAGGAGAAAAGUGUGGGAGGAGAAGACCGACCAGGCUCUCGAGGUGGGAGAUACAGAUGUUGUGGAAAUGAAAGUAUUUCUGGGGCUGUUGCUGCACAUGGGACCUUGUUGUAUUCCAUUUAUAGUACAAGUCCUUUUCACAGUGUCAUGUUCAGGAUAUCUAUCAUGAGUAGAAACAGAUUUCAGGUGUUAUUGAGAUGUUACAUUUCUCAGACAACUCACUGCAAUCCAGUGGCUGGCUCUACAAAAUUGACCAGUUUUGUACCAUUUCAGUAACAUUAUAAACAAUAAUUAUGUUCUGGACAAGAGUCUCUGCACUGACAAAUCAAUGGUUUUGUGACACGGCUGUCUGUUUCUUA